AUGGCGGCUGGCGGCCGCCGGUGCCCGGUGCCUGCCGGCGCCUCCGCCGCGGGCGUGAGCGGCUGCCGGUGUGCCGGGGGGCAGCAGGACCCCUGCGCCUUGUCUGUCCGUGCCGUUCCCCGGCCCCGCCGCUCCCGCCGGGGCUGCUCGGCGGAGCCCCCGUCGGGGAGGGCCGGGCCAGGAAAUGAGGCAGGCAGCCGGGGGCGGCCGGGAGGAAGGUACCGGCGCUUCCCUCCCAUCCCGCGGCCGCCCCUCUGCCCCUGCCCGGGCUGCCCGCAGCCGCCGGGCCUUGACUCCCGGCCCGCCGCUGGGGCUGGCGGGGCCGGACGGGCGGCGGCUGGAGCCCCCCGAGCGUCCCUGGGUCGGGGUCCCCGGCUGGGGUCGGACCCAGCGUCAGCCCCGCGGCCCCGGCCCGCUGCGGCCGCCUCCGAGGGACUGCAGACAGCUGUGAUCGAGGUCCCUCUGCAUCACUGACACCCAGGAGCCCUGGAAGCCUCUCGCUCCCCUCCCCCUGCCUUCACCUCCUGCCGUGGCUGAGCUGCUGGGAUAAUGGAGCUCAGGGCUGUGGUGGCCACCUUGGAAAGCGGGGAGCAAGACACAGUCCUCAAGGUGCUUCAGAUCUACAACCAGGAGAAGGCUCAGUGCUUCACCUUCGACGAUGAGGAGCGGGAAGAGAGGAAGAAAAUGGCCCAGCUGCUGAUCAAGUUCCUGGAGAGAGAGCUGCAGCCCUCCUGCCAGGUCACCUGCUUGGAAAGCAUCCGCAUCCUGUCCCGGGACAAGCACUGCCUCGGCCCGUUCACCACCAAGGAGGGGCUGCAGACCCUCUCCCGGCACGCCGGCAUCGAGUGCUCGGAGGAGCUGCUGCGGGCGGUGCCGGACGCGGAGGUGGUGCUGGAGUCGCUGAAGUGCCUCUGCAACCUGGUGUUCAGCAGCGGCGCGGCGCAGGCGCUGGCGGCCGAGGCGCGGCUGCAGGAGGGGCUGGCGCGGCGCAUCCGGCUGCACAACGAGCGCAGCCUCCCGCACCAGGUGCGCUUCUUCGACCUGCGCCUGCUCUUCCUGCUCACCGCCCUGCGGCUCGACGUGCGCCAGCAGCUGGCCCGGGAGCUGCGCGGCGUCGGGCUGAUGACGGACGCGCUGGAGCUGACCCUGGCCGUGGAGUGGAUGGAUCCCUACCAGGUGGCCAGCGGGGAGGGGCUGCCGCCGCCGCUGCCCCGGCAGGAGACCGAGCGAGCCAUGGAGAUCCUCAAAGUGCUCUUCAACAUCACCUUCGACUCCAGCAAGAGGGAGGUGGAUGAGGAAGAUGCUGCUUCAUACAGGCACCUGGGGGCCCUCCUGCGCCACUGCCUGAUGAUCUCUGCCGACGGAGAGGAGCGGACGGAGGAGUUCCACAGCCACACUGUGAACCUCCUGGGCAACCUGCCCCUGAAGUGUCUGGAUGUCCUCCUGACCCCCAAGGUCCGCCCAGGCUCCCUGGAGUACAUGGGGGUCAACAUGGACGCGGUCAGCAUCCUGCUGGACUUCCUGGAGCGCCGCCUGGACAGGGGCCACAAGCUGAAGGAGAGCUUGACCCCGGUGCUGAACCUGCUGACGGAGAGCGCCCGAGUCCACCGCCAGACCAGGAAGUUCCUGAAGGCAAAGGUGCUGCCGCCGCUGCGGGACGUGCGGAACCGGCCCGAGGUGGGGAGCUCGCUGCGCAACAAGCUGGUGCGGCUGAUGACUCACAUCGACACCGACGUCAAGCACUGCGCCGCCGAGUUCCUCUUCGUGCUCUGCAAGGAGAGCGUGUCACGCUUUGUCAAGUACACAGGCUACGGGAACGCCGCCGGGCUGCUGGCCGCGCGCGGCCUCAUGGCCGGCGGGAGGGAGGAGGGAGAGUACUCGGAGGAUGAGGACACCGACACCGAGGAGUACAAGGAGGCAAAGCCCAACAUCAACCCCGUGACAGGCCGUGUGGAGGAGAAGCUGCCCAACCCCAUGGAGGGCAUGACUGAGGAGCAGAAGGAGUACGAAGCCAUGAAGUUGGUCAACAUGUUUGACAAGCUCUCCAGGGAGCAGGUGAUCCAGCCCAUGGGCAUCACACCGAGUGGCACCCUGGCACCCAUGGAGAACGCCAUCCGCAGCAUGGCCGACGAGAGGGACUCCUCCGACUCGGACCUGGGGCUGGACUGACCCCUGCCCCUGCCCCAGCCCCACGGAGCUGGGCAGCCUCUGCCUGCCCCCCCUCCAGAGCUGGUGCUGCACCAGAGCCCGGUGCUGGGCCAGGACUCUCCCUGUGGGAUCUGGAUCCGGCCUGGGCCCCUCACCGUCCUCCGCCAGGAACAGCUCCUGCCUCCCUCCCGGCUCCACCACACCUCCUGCCAGAGGUCUCCACGGCCUGGCCCCACCUCAGCCUCUCCUCUCAGCACCUCUGAGGAUCCCACACUGAAACUGCUUCCAGGACUCUCCAGUAGGACUUUUUGGGUUAAAGUGCAGGAUGUUUGGGCAGAGGGAGCGAGGGGGGAAGGCUCUUUGCCAGGGCAUUGAGGCUCAGCAGGGCAGCUCAGGUCUGUGCCAGUGCUCCUGCGUUGCCCCUGCGGUGGGAGCUGCUCCCCAGGAGCGCAGGCAGGACAGGGGUGGCUGCAGCGGGGUGCUAGGGGCUGCUCCUGGGAUCCAGGGGUUGCAGGGUGGCCCAGC